AUGGAGACCGAAGAGAGAGUCAACAAGAUGCGUGGCUACAAGGCCGCGAUGAGCAACCCCAGAGUUUCAGACGAGGCAAAGGAACAUUCACAGAACGUGCUGAAUGAGUUGGGUGGUGACCGUCCUCGCCAGGAAUUAUAUCAGUCGAGGGGCGAUCAAGGAAAGGAUCCAGUGAGAGUCUCGGCUGGGCUUAAGGCUGCGCAGCGCAAUCCUAGAGUAACGGAGGGCGGAAAGCAGAGAGCUUCGGAGAAGAUGCAGGAACUCGAUCUCGGGAUGACGAAAGACGUUGCGGCAGUUCCUCCAAGGCUACUGCGCUCCUCUCUUGGUAUUUUAUACAAAUACAGCGUCUACUCAAAUUACAACUUGAUAUACACAAACAUGGUGAAUGUCGCAUUGAUCGGUGGUACGGGUAUGGUGGGCUCCCAUAUCCUCACCAGCCUUAUUUCCAAUCCCACUGUAACCCGCGUCGACACUAUCUCCCGCCGCUCCCCGCCAGUCGCCAGUGGCACGCCCCCAGCCAAACUCACCAACUUCGUCUCCGGCGAUACCGCCACCUGGGCAGGCAAGCUCUCCACCCUCUCCCCGACUCCCAGCAUCUUUAUUUCGGCCUUCGGGACCACAAAGGCAGCUGCAGGCGGGUUUGAUAACCAAUACAAAAUUGAGCAUGGGCUAAACGUCGAGUUGGCCAAGGCCGCGCACGAAGCUGGCACUAAGGUCUACGUGCUGAUCUCAUCUGCCAAUGCCAAUAAGGAUUCCAACAUUGCCUAUUCCCGCAUGAAGGGCGAGAUUGAGGAGGAUAUCAAGAAGCUUGGCUUUGAGCACAUGGUCAUCCUGCGCCCUGGGCUGAUUGCCGGUACCCGUGAGGAAAGCCGGCCGCUCGAGGCUGGGAUUCGGUUUAUUGCGAACUGGGCUGGCAAGCUGCACUCGGGUUUGAAGGAUAGCUGGGCUCAGGAGGCGGAAGUUAUUGGCAAAGCUGCUGUCAAUGCUGGUCUCAAGGCGCUGGAGGGCGAUAUUCCUGAGGGCAGCGAAAAGGUUUGGACUUUGUUUGGUAGUGAUAUUAUCAAAUACGGCAAGGAAAGUUCGUCUUGA